AGGACUACAACACCCAGAGUGCACGGCGGUCGGCACAUAAACACGAAUGGAGACUGAAGGACGAAGCGACUGAUGUUAGUGUUCGUGCGGUACAACCUGGGGCCUGGUGUGCCGGUGGAGCUGCAGGAGGAGGCGAGGGUGGAGCAGCUGAAGGAGCUGGUGGGGAGUCAGCAGGGAGUCCGUCCGGAGCUCCUCAGGGUUCUGUUUGCUGGGAGGGAGCUGAGGAGCUCCUUCACACUGCAGGGUUGUGACCUCCCAGAGCAGAGUACCAUCCAUGUCCUCCUCCCUAAAUCUGGUUCCUCCCCCUCCCAGCUUCUCCUCCUGCAGGAGCGCCUGAUUCGGGGAGGGGAGGACGAGCAGAAUGCUCUGACCAGGCUGGACCUCAGCUCCUCACACCUCCCCUCCACCUCCUCCGGCUUGGCGGUGAUUCUUGAGGGGAGUGAUGGUGGAGGAGAGAAAGGAGCAGGAGGAGGUGACAGAGGAGCAGAGGAGGUGACAGAGGAGGUUCAGGCUGCAAGUCUGAAAGGUGUGCGUACCUGCAGUACUUUCUUUGUGUACUGUAAGAGCUGUAGGUCGAUCCAACCGGGAAAGCUGAGGAGAGUCCGUCCUGUUGGGACGACGUCCUCCUCCCCGGUCGCGUCCAUGGCUUGUGUCAAUCAGACGGUUGUCACAGCAACGUGUGUGUGUGUACAGGAGUUCUACAUGAAGUGUGCGUCCCAUCCGACCUCAGAAGACGAAAUCUCUGUGGCCCUCGACCUAAUUAUGACCAACAGCAGAGACGUCCCCUGUAUCGCCUGCUCCGACAUCAUGGCUGUGGUCCUGGUCUUCCAAUGUUCAGAGCGUCAUGUGAUCUGUCUGGACUGUUUCCAUGGUUACUGUCGGACUCGUCUCAAUGAGAGACAGUUUGUGUCUCAUCCUGUGAUUGGCUACUCGCUGCCGUGUGCUGCCGGCUGUGUCGACUCUCUCAUUAAAGAGUCGCAUCAUUUCAGGAUUUUUAGGAGACGAUCAG